GAUAGCGGGCAGAGUGAAUCGGCUGUGCAGCACUGAUAGCUGCUGAUCGGGUGGUACGCAUGACCAGAGACAACGCGAACACAAUCCCGGGAACAGGAUUCACGAUUCGCGGGCAGACACCGCCAGGGCGUUAGCGCCAGCCGGGAAGGCAAGGCUCGAUUAGUCAAGCUCUGCACGGCCUCAGCAUGCGGAGGGAACUCGGGCCCUCGUCCACCAUGCCCACGGUGCAGAGGAGCUCGUGGCGCGACACGGUGCUGCAGCCGCACCCCGCGCCCCUCCACGAGCACGUCUCGGUGCCCGUCGCGGCGCCCGGCGCCACCACCCCGCUGCCGCCCCGCCGCCGCAGCGCGGGGCUCGUCAUGGCGCACCUCCUGGACCUGGUGGGGCUGCUGCUGCUGGCAGCCGUCGCCGCCGAGCUCAGGUUCGGCGAGCUGUACCUGAUCCGCCCCCAGCUGCAAGGGCUCGGGGGCCUCUGCCUCGACACGGCGUACCGGACCCCACGGAGGAACCCGACAAUCGAGCUGCCCAACUACGCCAUCUACCUCCUCGUCAUCCUCGCCCCCGUCGUCCUGCUCAGCCUGCUCGAAGUCGUGCUGGCCUUCACCGUUCGGAAGGACCGCACCAAAAGCGCCUGGACGCCGGCCUUCUUCAAACGGCUUGCCAAGCUGACACUGGUGUUCCUGCUGGGGCUGUGCCUCACCUCCGCCGCCGCGGACCUGCUGCGCCUGCUAGUGUCGCGGCCACGCCCCUUCUUCCUGUCGGACGACGCCUACGGCUUCGGCUACGCGCGCUACUGCAACGCCGGCACCUUCGAGGACCGCGACAUCGGCAAGAGUGAACGCUACGCGCGCCUGUCCUUCCCCAGCCACCGCUGCACCAUGCUGGCGUUCUCCGGCGUGCUGGUGGCCGUGCACGCCGAGCGCGUGCUGCGCCGCGUCCGCGCGGGCGGCAUGUACGCCCUGAGAACCGCGGUGGUCUUCGUGUGCGCCGUCCCCGCGCUGCUGGUCGCCUCGCAGGUGUACGACUCCAGGUACAACCACUGGAGCGACAUCGUCGUCGGCCUGCUGCUGGGCGCCCUCACAGGCACCUACGUGGUUCGGGUGCUGAGUCGCGACCUGGCCAAGGAGAUGCAGAAGGCCUCCGCCCCCGCACCGACGGCGGGCUCCAGGGCCGUCUCGUCCUCAUCCCUCCCCGAGGCGGUCAACAGAGCCAACUCCCUCUACGCUGGCAAGGACACGCGCGCGUACCGCAGGCCGGACGACGCGUACUUCUGAACCAUUCGUCAAUUUUAGGGUCUUCAACAGAGGCAGCUUUGCAAAAUAUUUCUAAACAGAAAAUGUGAAAGGCCUAUCAAGUAUACCUCAAUAGAAUUGUCACUUCAGUUUAAUAGUUUAGAUAGGAAGUUUAUUUUUUUUUAUCAUUAAUUUAUGACAUAACAAGAGCUGGAAUAAAAUUUUAUUUAUUAUAA